AUGCGGCGAUCAAUCAGGCGCGAGUGUACCGCGCGAGGCGCUGCCAAGGGCCAGCACCCUGGGGGCAACCUGGGCACCGCGAACCAGACAGACCGCCUGCAGAUCGCUGGCGCUGAAGAAGGCAGCGACGAUGGCGAGGAGCAGCCGCUGGUCGCUGGCGGCCCGGGCGCGUGGGCGGAGCCGCCGGUCGCCACCUACGUGGAGGAACGCAGCCUCUGCGCCUUCGGCUUUUGGCCAGGACUUCGCCGCUGCGGUGCCGCACUGGCGAUCCUCGCCCUCGGCUUCGCCUGUGGCCUCGUGGUGAACCCCGACUCCAGCGGCGAAGGUGGCCGAGCCGCGUCGCCCGCGAGCUCCCCUGUGACCUCGCCGGGCGCAGCGCUGGCCGCGCCAGCAGCGCGGUCGCCCGCGGCUUUCGCGCCAGCGCCGGCGCCGCCGGCACUCGCGCUGGCCGCGCCCGCUG